UAAAUGAGAGAACUCACCCUGCAGAAGGCCAGAGGGAAUGAUGGAUAAUUUUGCCAUCCAGCCCAAGGGACACAAGGUUGCAGGUUAAGGCGACUUCAGUCCCCCUUUGGGAUUUUUUCAUCUGUUCCUGUUUUUUCUGCGCUCAUUCCUGUCCACUAAUCAGAUGUCCUGCUGCUCCCCUGACAGUUUGUGUUUAGGCUGUAAUGGACCGUGAAGAGGUGGAUGAGUCACUGUGGAUCUCUCCCACUGACCUCUCAUCGCUGAAGAGAGGCUGUUCUCUUCUGUGUCACACACUGCUGUGGAAAUGCUUGUGUAUGUGUGCUUGAGUAAUGCAGUGGGCCCGAGCACUGGACGUUAUCUGACACGCUGUUUGUUAGAGUCGGAGACAUGCUCAUCGUGUCGACAAAGCAGCCUUGGCGAGGUGAACAGUGAGGUGAUGUGUGUGUUUAUCUACGCGGUGAUAGCACACACGGCCUUGUGGGCUGUACUCUUAUAUAUACAGACAUGCUCAAACGUCUGCAGACACAAAUCCAACGCCUCUCUACAGCACUGUCAGAGCUCUUGUUCACUUCUCUCAAGAAGAUUUAUAACUGCCAGAUUUGGAAUCUGUGAUCAAUUUGAUUUUAUAGUUCUCUUAAAGCUGCCACAGAAUCUCAAAUAAGAAAAUGCUGCCUGCAACCUUUAAGCUGUGUGCUGGCAUCUCCUACCGGCAUAUGAGGAACAUGACAGGUUUGAGAAAGAACGCUUUAGUGGCCAUUCACCAUGAGCUGAACCGACUGGCUGGUCCAGGCCCCAGUAACUGGAUCAGCCAAGUCAGACGACGAAGUUCCCUUCUCAGUUCUCGGAUUGAAGAAGAAGAGGGCCCCAGCGAGGAGGAGCUGUCUUAUGUGAGGCAAGGUGAGGAUGCACUGCAGAAGGCCAUCAGCAUCCUCAGCGACCAGGACGGAUGGACCGUUGAAACUGUAGCUGCAAAUGGAGACAAAGUCCUGAGUAAGGUGCUGCCUGAUAUUGGAAAAGUAUUCAAGUUAGAAGUGAUGUUGGAGCAGCAUCCCGACAGUCUUUAUAAUGAGCUGGUGGGAAAUAUGGAGCAAAUGGGGGAAUGGAACCCAAAUGUCAAAGAGGUCAAGAUCCUUCAAAAGAUUGGCCAGGACACUAUGGUUACCCAUGAGGUUUCUGCAGAGACACCUGGUAAUGUGGUGGGACCGAGAGACUUUGUUAGUGUUCGCUGUGCCAAACGCAGAGGAUCCACCUGCUUUCUGGCUGGAAUGUCCACUCAGCACCCCAAGAUGCCCGAACAGCGAGGGGUGAUCAGGGCGGAGAAUGGGCCUACCUGUAUAGUUUUGAAACCCAGUGCUGAUGAUUCAAACAAGACCAAGUUCACUUGGUUACUAAGUAUAGAUCUAAAGGGCUGGAUCCCAAAGACGAUCAUAAAUAAAGUGCUCUCUCAGACGCAGGUGGACUUUGCCAACCACCUCAGGCAAAGGAUGGCUGGUAAUGUUUCUAUGGAGAUGGCUCACGCCUGCUGACACAAGAUGCCUCUCGAGCUUUGGCACAGUGCAUUCAACAGAGGUAGAAGAGCAACCCCUGUUCAGUCUAAAAUAAAGUUGAGCCAGAACAAGCAGCAAAACGACAUGUAAUAAAAAAGCACAUCGUUUCCUUGUAUUGAAACCUCUAAUGCUGUUCCUCCCUCUGCUGUAAA